UGGAGACGAAUAAAAUUCAUAUACGAAAACCGAAAUCCGGAAGGGAAAGCGCAAAAAAGCCCGCACCUUGGUGGCUUCGUGCUACCAAAUCGAACCCUCCCCCUCCCCGUCCCGUCUCAAGCGCCGGUAAACUUCGCCACGCCCCAAUCUCCAUUCGCCACAAACCCUAACCGCCCCUCUGUGUCGCGCCGCCGGCCGCCCCGCCACCCUCCUCGCCCUUCCAGGGCUCCGGCGAAGGCUGUAAUCCGCGGCGAGCGGCGGCGAUGGCAUCCACGGCGAAGGUCACCAUCACCCUCGGCCGCAGCGGUCAGGUUGUCAAAAGGCGAACUAUUUCUGAUAUUGGUAAUGAUGAUGAAGUGCCAGUAUCAGGAAGAAAGCGACCUGUCAGAGAGAGGUUAGGAAAUAAUGUGACUGAUUCUGAUUUUUAUGGAAACCAGCAGAGUAACAAAAGACGGCAAACAGAAAGCAGUAGCUCACAGCUUGGAGAUGAUGGUUUGGUUCGCCAGAUUGGCAGUGAUGAUUUAAGGCUGAAGCUUAUGAGGAAAGGCUUGACACAGAAGAGCAACAGUGAGGCAGAACAGAAUGGAGUGGAUCUCCGUGAAAAGCUUUCCAGGAAGUCGAAGAAACUCCAGGGAUAUGAGGCAAGAAGGGGUGAUCCAGAAUCAAGGUCUAGCUAUGAUGAGGGAGAAAUCCCAGAAUCAGGAUCUGGAUAUGGUUCGAGGGGGAGAGUUCCAGAGUCAAGAGCCUCUACCCUUGUAAGCCAAGUGCCUUCUUCAAGGAGUGGAGAUGGGUUGUUCAACUUGGAGUCUUCAGGAAAACCUUAUCCCUCGUGGACCGCUGAUGGUUUGAGGUAUACGUCCCCAGACAAGCUUCCAAGUGCUCGAAGAGACAUGACUCCCCCAAGAAGUGUUCGAAGAGUCAUGUCUCCCCCCAGGGCUGUUCGGAGAGGCAUGUCUCCCCCGAGAAGUUCUCGAAGAGGUAUGUCUCCGCCAAGAAGCGCUCGAAGAGGCAUGUCUCCGCCAAGAAGCGCUCGAAGAGGCAUGUCUCCUCCAAGAAGUGUUCAAAGAGGCAUGUCUCCUCCAAGAAGUGUUCAAAGAGGCAUGUCUCCCCCAAGAACAUAUGAUCAUACGGGGUCCAUUCCAUCCCUUCGACCUGUUGGUACCACAAGAUCUUCAAGUCAUAUCACAAGAGAUGCUGCUGACACAUUAAGAACCCAUCAACCUUACGAAGGCAACACUACCAUUUCGAUCGAUAGAGUACAACAAACUAAUGGAAUCACACCAUCUGGACGCCGGCCUACAUCCCCUAUGCUGAAAGAAGUACCGUCGACAGUUACUGGAUUACUGAAUUCAAUGGGACUUGAGAAGUAUGUUGUUCUCUUUCAGGCUGAGGAGGUGGAUAUGGCUGCGUUGAGUCAGAUGAAAGAUAGCGACCUUAAAGAUAUGGGAGUACCAAUGGGCCCCAGGAAGAAGAUACUCCUUGCGGCGGCACCUUACGGGAAACAACGGCAAAGAUGAGCAGCAUGUGCUCUGGGACGUGGAACGAACAUUUGCUGGGAAAUGCAUUUUUAUUGGUGUAAGCAUGCUCUACUGCGGAUCUUGUAUAUCCACACUGGUAGUCUGGCUUAGUUAACCUUUUUUGUUGCUGAUAGAUUAAUGUCGCCCAGUUCUUGGCUUGUGUAAAGUCAUGUCUGUCAGCUGAUGCUCCCAAAUCCUACCAUUCGGGAUGUGCUGCCCUGCUGUAUUUGUUAAGAGCAGCAGGGUUUGAAACAGAGUGGAUACAACAUGGUCUAGCGCCAUCAUCAAUCUGAACGUUCUGUAUUUUUGGGAACAUGGUGAGAGAUACAACUAAUCCAAUCUAUUAUGUGUGCCAAAUGGCCAUCGAAUUCCA